GUCAGGCUACUUUUGGGCUAAGAAUAAAGAGACAGUUGUCCAGACUCUGUCCCUGUGUGUUCAUGGAAGCCUUCUCUGUAUUUGUUGGCAAAUUUAGGGGUUCCACCAGAUAAUCUUUGACACCUUAGUCCUGCAGAGAUGAUCAAUUUCUUACAUGUAAAUAGAAUUUCAAAGUUGGAAGAGAUCUCAAGUUUUCUUAGUCCAGUUUAUAAAAUACUUUUAUGUUCUUUAUAUCAUCUUCACAAUUACUUAUUAAGCUCUUACACCAUCAUGAUUAGACACUAGAAAUAGUGUCUUGUUCUUUUCUCUGAAGAUGAAUAGAAUAAGACUGUAUAGGUUCAUUUAGUCAAUAAAAUUGAUUAAGCACCUUUGUGCCAGGCAGUUUUAGCUGCUUCAGAUACAAAAUGAUUACAACUUGUCUUUGACCUUGGAGUUGCAUGUCUGCAAACCCUGCCAUUGAGGACAGCUGAGUGUAUUAAAGGGUUUGAUUUGGGCGUGAUAGAUCCUGACUUAUCUGUAAGAUUAGGUAAGAAAUGGUAUGUAUCCAACAGACUUUUUGGGGUGUAUCCUGGCAAGAUCCCAAUUCUUGUCCAUCCAAUCUUCAAAUUCUAUAAUUGAUGGGAGGGCACUGUGGGAACAGUUAUUGUACCCUUGUGGCUGCUCUUUAGGAGUGUAAAUUGUAAAUCCUCAGUAAAACACAAAAGAAAGGAAGGGACAGGAGUAUCGCCAGAGACAGGUCGUGUUUAAACUUGAACUUCUGAAUGGGUCACUCUUUCGCAGGUUUACAGUUGCACUAACCAGAUUAUGUGCUCCACUGGGCAACUUGAAUGGCCCCUCUACCACUCCCUUCCCUCAGCUCCAUGAACCCAAAUGGGCAAAUUAAAUACUAAGUAACUGUCGGGUGCUUUAUCAGUGUAAGAGUGAGAGCCCUGGUUGACUUGCAAAACUGCUCGGCUCCAGAAUAGGAAGGGUGGGGAGUGCAGCACUGACGGGUCUCUUAUCUGACUCUCUGAUGGCAGGAGGGAGAUGACCUCGAUAUUACGGAGCCCUCAGGCUCUCCAGCUUACUCUGGCUCUGAUUAAGCCUGAUGCAGUUGCUCACCCACUGAUUCUGGAGGCUGUUCAUCAGCAGAUUCUGAGCAACAAGUUCCUUAUUGUACGAAUGAGAGAACUUCUGUGGAGAAAGGAAGAUUGCCAGAAGUUUUACCAAGAGCAUGAAGGGCGUUUUUUCUAUCAGCGGCUGGUGGAGUUCAUGGCCAGUGGGCCAAUCCGAGCCUACAUCCUCGCCCACAAGGAUGCCAUCCAGCUCUGGAGGACAGUGAUGGGACCCACCAGAGUGUUUCGAGCACGCCACGUGGCCCCAGAUACAAUUCGUGGGAGUUUCGGCCUCACUGACACCCGUAAUACAACCCAUGGCUCAGACUCUGUGGUUUCAGCCAGUAGAGAGAUCGCAGCCUUCUUUCCCGACUUCAGUGAACAGCGCUGGUAUGAGGAAGAGGAGCCCCAGUUGCGCUGUGGCCCUGUGCGCUACAAUCCAGAGGGAGGCAUCCACUUUGCAGCUGGAACAGGAGGCCCAGGGCCAACCUGACGCAGGCCUGUUGGUCUGUGAAGAGUGAUGGCGUUGCCCAGCCUUUUCUCGCAGACCUCUGGUCCAGAGCAUUCUCCUAGGACCAGGGAGGCCUGGGGCUCAUUGUGCCAUCUCUGCUGGGCACCGCCACCUGCAUAAGAGCCUAGCUCCUCACUGCUACCUCUUCUAGAAUCUAACUCUCUAUCUACCUCUUCUCUGGAAUGUUCAUGGGUGGUUCAGAGGAAUGAUGGCUCCUUUUUUUCUGAGAACUGUUCAUCCUUUUUCAAGGAGGAGCUUGCCUAACUGACUUGCCUGAAAAAUGCAGUGACCGUAUUAGCAACAUUUGGUCUAUUUUCCUUAAUAAAAGUCAGUAUUCUACUGAAUCCUGCAGGCUGGGAGCACUACUCUAUGUACUGUCUCUCUAUCCCUAACUGGAAUAAUUAAAUCUGUCCUGAAGUCAAGUUUCUGGUCUAUGCUAAGUAAAGAGAGAAUUGUGGGACUUGCCUAGUAGCGCAGUGGUUAAGAAUCCGCCUGCCAAUGCAGGGGACACAGGUUCGAGCCCUGGUGCGGGAAGAUCCCACAUGCUGCGGAGCAACUAAGCCCGUGCGCCAUAAUUACUGAGCCUGUGCUCUAGAGCCCGCGAGCCACAACUACUGAGCCCACAUGCCACAACUACUGAAGCCCACGCGCCUAGAGCCUGUGCUCUACAACAAGAUGAAGCCACCACAAUGAGAAGCCUGUGCACUGCAACGAAGAGUAGCCCCCGCUCGCUGCAACUAGAGAAAGCCUGCGCACAGCAACGAAGACCCAAUGCAGCCAAAAAUAAAUAAAUAAAAUAAAUUAAUUUUUUUAAAAAAAGGGAGAAUCGUGAAGAAAUCUCCCAGGAGGUUCACACACAGUGUGCAGCUUAUGUAGUGCAUGAGGCACCCAGUGACAGAGCUGACUGUGGGCUCAAAUCCAUGCUGUGCCCCUGGCACAGGGCUGCAUCCUGGAAGAAGGGGCACCUUUCAUUUGAACAAAAGUAUGUCUGCCCAGUAGAGGCAUAUUGUUAUGACUCACUUUUUUUUCUGAUUUGCACAAAGCCACUAAAGCUAGCCAUGUCUCUGCUGUAGCUGAGGAUGACAGUUAUCUAUUGCUGCAUGACAAAUCACCUCAAGAUUUUGUGGCUUAAAACAAUGACUUAGAGACGUCACUGGUGGUCCAGUGGUUAAGAAUCCGCCUUCCAAUGCAGGGGAGAUGGGUUCGAUCCCUGGUCGGGGAACUAAGAUCCCACAUGCCAUGCAGCAAUUAAGCCCGCGCACCCCAACUACUGAGCCCAUGCGCCACAACUAGAGACCCCACGUGCCACAAACUACAGAGCCCACGUGCUCUGGAGCCCGCGCUCCACAACUACAGAGCCCACGCACCACAACUAGAGAGAAGCCCAUGUGCUAUAACAAAGAGCCUGCGUGCUGCAGUGAAAGAUCCCAUGUGUCACAACUAAGACCUGACACAGCCAAAAAUAAAUAAAUAAAUAAAUAUUAAAAAACAACAACAAUAAAAACGAUUCAUUCUUAUGUGU